AUGCCACAAUUACUCUCUCCGAUAGCCCUCCGGGCCCUGCGGACUCUUGUCACCCGUCCAGCACCAACCCUCCUCCGCCGAACCCUCACAACAUCCACCCUCAAGACACCCCAAACCUCCCUCACCACCCGCUUCAACUUCACCCCCGUCUUCCGCACCUCCACCCUCUCCGCUGUCACCCUCCAAUCCUCCAAGCGCCAGUUCUCCAGCUCGCCCAUUAUCCGCGCCACAUACAACCAGGUCCGCCGCGGUAUUCGGACUGGUCAGCGCGCACGCCGAGGUCGAUCACCCGCGCUUGUUGGCACGCCUGGACUGAAGGGUGUCUGCCUUAAGACUGGUAUUACCAAGCCUAAGAAGCCUAACUCUGGCGAGCGCAAGAUUGCCCGUGUGCGCUUGAGUUCUGGCAAAAUUAUCACUGCUUAUAUCCCCGGUGAAGGUCACAAUAUCCAGCAACAUAGUGUUGUUCAGGUUCGUGGUGGCCGUGCUCAGGAUUGUCCUGGUGUGAAGUAUACCCUUGUUCGUGGUGGUAUGGAUUUGGGAGGUGUUGGAGGCCGUAUGACCAGUCGUUCGAAGUACGGCACAAAGAAGCCAAAGACCAAUUAG